CCAAAAUAGAGUAGAGAAAGCCAGAGAGCUCUGUGAUUCAACAAAAAGAACGAUUGAACGAAGCCCUGCGUCGAGGGCAGUCACCCAAUCCGCAGCAGUCCACCCAGGGCCAAGGCGACCUCCGCGGCUCCGUCCUCCGUGACCUCCUUAUAGGGCUCCAGGUCUGCCACUGCAGCGCGCCAGUAGUCCAGCCUUGUUAAGCCGUUCAUCACUUCAGCACCGCUGCACCGCACGCGGUCUACUCGCCACAGCAGAUUAGUUCCAGGUUUCAAUCUGUGCUAGCUAGCUCCACCACCGUUCUAUGCCACUCAAACUUUGAUUGUGUUGCGUACGUGUCUAACUCAGAGAAGAUACAAGGGAACAUUGAAAUUAGCCCGACUUUUUAAUCGGAAACUUGCUAGACCAACAUAUUUGUUUUCUUGAAGAAUUCGGGACAAUGACAGAAUUACAGAAGGGGACAAACAAACGAAAUAUUGGGAGCAAGAAAAAAAGUGGAAAAACGAGGAAGAAGCAGAAGGUGAUGCCAUUUAAUGAGAAAAAAACUAAGAUAGGCAAUAAAAUGAAGAAGCUAUUUGAAAAAAGGGCAAGAGAGUACAAUUCGGAUGAGGAUGAUGAUAAGAAUGAUGAAGAUGAAGAUCCCACUCAGGUGGCGGGAGACACGUCAUUACAUGGUGAUAACGAUGAAUUUGACGACAACUCUUUUGAUGACAAGGAAGGAGAUGGCAGGGAAGAAAAUGGUGAAUCAGAAGACGAAGGUGGGGAAAUUCAGCCAGGAAUUACCAAGUUCAUGGAGGGAUGUAAGGCAUUCAAAAUGGCCUUCAAGAAAAUACUAAAAAACACUGCUUCUGAUGAUAUAUUGGGUCCGGUGUUAUCAGCACAUAAGAAGCUUGUAGCAGAGAAGCUUGCUGAAGAAGAAACAGAAAGGAAAGUGAAGGGUGAUGCAAAGAAGGAGAAACACUUGAUCGGAGAAAAGAAUCACGUCAAACCUGCUAACUACUUGGAUAUUCAUGAAAAGUUUCUGAUAGGAAUUGCUACGAAAGGAGUGGUCAAGUUGUUCAAUGCUGUUAACAAGGCUCAACAUGCUCAAAGAGGCUUAAAUCCAUCAAGGUCAAAAGAUGAAAAAAUAAUAAAGAAGCGAAAGAAAGAUGCUUUUUUGUCUGAGUUAGGGAAGACCUCAUUGCAGUCUCCAGCUAGUGUUUUUCAAAAGGGUGAAACUUCUUCUGUUGGGUCAAAAGGUAAAGAUGGCCCUGCUUGGGCUCCAUUGAGGGACAAUUACAUGAUAACCACGAAUCCGAAGUUGAAAGACUGGGAUAAAAAGCAGGAUAUGGCAACAAGAGAUGACUUUGGGAUGCAUGUAGACUCAGAUUCGUCAUCGGGUGAUGAUCUUAAUUAGUUUCUUGGAUGUUUAGAUGCAGCGUUUAAGCUUAGUGACCAUCAUUUGCUCACUACAGUGAGAUUAUCACGAUGAGAGUUCAUUUUUCCCGUUUGGUUGAAAAUAGGGUUUAAACCGUGAUGGCAGCAUGAAAUUAUAUUGUCAAGAACAUUGAUUAUUUUAUUGGGCAUCAGGCGCUUGCUGUUCCUUUUAAUAUGAACUCUGUACAUUUUUUUUACUCUGAAGUAUGAUUACAUUACAUUGAUAUGUAUGCUGAGGUUGUGCUAAAAUUACAUGAACUUCAGUUUGUGCGAUUCA